UCAUCAAUUGGCUUGGCCCCAACAAAAGAGAAAAAGAAAGAAAUGCACUAUCACCUCACUCUGCUCCACUUUAAAGCGCAUCGUCUAAACUGCCUCCACUUCUCGCUCUUUGUAUUAUGCUCACUUCACUAUUUCGACCUCUCAUCUUCCUCCGACACCGUCCAUUAAUGGCGCACUUUACAUCGAAUUCCACUGAAAAUCUCGCAACAAGCAACUCCAUAGCUAAAAUCAAGCUACGAGGUGUUGUGUUCGACAUGGACGGAACUCUUACUGUUCCAGUAAUUGAUUUUCCAGCAAUGUAUAAAGCUGUUUUGGGAGAGGAACAAUACUUAACUAUUAAAUCACAAAACCCUUCUGGAAUUGAUAUUUUACAUCAUAUUGAAUCUUGGAACCCUAAUGAACAGCAAAAAGCUUACCAGAUUAUUGCUGAUUUUGAACGCCAAGGUCUUGAUCGUCUGCAGAUUAUGCCCGGUGCAACUGAACUUUGUGGUUUUCUGGACUCAAAGAAGAUAAGGAAAGGACUUAUCACUCGGAAUGUCAAGGAUUCAGUAGAUAUAUUUCAUCUAAGGUUUGGGAUGACUUUUUCUCCUGCACUCAGCAGAGAGUUUCGCCCUUGCAAACCUGAUCCAGCUCCGCUGUUACAUAUAUGCUCGACUUGGGAUGUACAGCCUGAUGAAGUGAUUAUGAUUGGUGAUAGCCUAAAAGAUGAUGUAGUCUGUGGGAAAAGAGCAGGUGCAUACACAUGCUUACUUGACGAAAAUGGGAGGUAUGACUCUCCUGAGUUCGCUUCAGUCGAGCACCAGCCAGAUUUUAAGGUUUCUUCUCUCACAGAAGUUCAUUCAUUGCUGGAAACACAUUUUGAUUUAUCCCCAUGCUAGACUUUGAACCUAAUGUUAUUGAUUAGUACUGUAGCAGCUGAAUGUAUUGAAUUUCAAAGGGUAUUGACCAAGUUGUCCUAAAUGGUAGUGAAGUUGUUUAUAAGUUUUGAUUACUUGAUUAUGUUGUACGAAAUUAUCGCAUUUCUUGUGUUUGUUGUGAUCUAAAUAGAAAGGGACGGAAGCUGGGACAAUUGACAGUGAAUUGGCUCAUUGGGCGACAUUCUCUUGUCACAGAGGAUGAAUAACAAAGUUAGCCUCGACGAACUGGCGUCAUCAAAUGAAGUUAAUGAUGUGUAUAAAGUGGUUGAUGUGAAGGUAUUGAAGGAAUUAUUGAUAGCAUGGUGUUUCUUGCAAUUGAUUAUUUUGAUUAAUUUUUAUUUUGAUUCUUUUCCAAACUAAAACCUUAUUUUUAAAAUAAGUAUUUGGAUGAGAAUCGAGUCUAGUCUCAGUUGAGGCAUAUACCACUUUCUUCGGGAGUAAUUUGAGCCCCUUUCUUAUCCUCUGCUUAUUAUAACUCAUAAGAAUUUGCUUGUGAGGGAGCUCUUUAAUAAGCACCUAGAUGGAAUAACACUUUUUAGUUUAAUUGUAAUGCAAACAUUUAUGGCAUUCCAUAUUAAGUUGUGAAAAAUGGAAUCAUCAUCUAUUAAUAUUA